AUGGAUACGGAUUCUUUACUGCGGCGGUUCGACGGACGCUCUAGGCUUCUGCUGAAGUCGCUGCUGCUGUUGAGCGGUAGUGCGGUUCGCAGGGCGCUUUGGGUGUUUCAUCGCCAGCGGCGCUCUGAACCAGAUCUCUUCCUACACACCUGUUUAGACACCUUGUGCCAGGACGAGCCGCGUCUGGAAGGCGACACUCUUAAGUUAACUCUUAAGCCGCUGGUAUGCCUGUUCCCUGUUGUCUUCAAACGUAAUUUGCUGUCCUUCCUUCACCUGGCCCACACCGAGGUGCCACGCCCAGCUUUGACACGAUUACUGGAUUGCUUGAGUCAGGAUGCCAGCGAAGACUACUGGAUGCAGGCACUGCUCAGACAGCUACGCCAAGACCUGAGACAAAAGGACCCCAUCAAUAACCCGCUGUUCACCCCACAGUGCAGAGAGAGACUCGGGGAGCUGUGUGAGAUUCUGAGGACUGACGAUGGGGCCAGAGCAGAGGAACGGGUUUCCUGGUUUAGUGGGUUUGUCUCAGACCCUCCCCAGAAUUCGGUGGAGCCUCUGGCUGUCUUAGACCCCUCCGAAAAUGGGGCAGAGCUUCUGAGUGUUGAGGUGCAGAGGAAGAGGAAGAGCGAGAACGCUGAUGUUGAUGUGGACGGUGAAGGAGCAGGGAGCCAGAGUAAGAGAAGGAGGAUGGACUGGGGUAAUGAGGAAGGGUUAUCAUCAAAAGACGAAGACCUUGAGCUGGGGGACGCACACCUGCAUGGUGACACAGAGAAUGUGUCCAAAGCGGACACUGUGGACCCGCAGCAGCUAUCACCUGUGGGUUCUGCUGGUACACUACCUGAGCACAUUAAAGCCUCUAUUUCUCAGAUCAAAGAGCUCUUGGAGACAGAGGUGAGUUGGGAGCGAGGAUCCUCCUCUGUCCUCCAGGUGUUGAAUGACUGUGACCCACACCAGGUGGAGCUGUUUUGCAGCAUUCUACAUUUGUCUGAGCUUCCUGAGCAGAUUCUGCCACAAUUCUGCACCUCCCUGCUGGAGGUGUCUCCUGAUCUUAGCUAUAGCACGGCUGCCAACAUAAUUGGGACGCUGUUCCUGAAAAAGAUUCUCUCUCUGUCAGAACCUGCUUCCCGUUGCUUGGUUACGGCCACAACAUCACUGUGCAGCCGCUACCCCCGAGCAACGUGCUCCUCUCUGAUUGGCCCAGUCCUAGAGGCGAGGCAUAUUGACAAUGUUCGGGCUGAGCUGCUCUGCAAGCUGAUAGAGGCCUGCCUGGAGCCCCAUCAUCAGAUACUGGUGUUUGGGCAAGUGCUUGCAGUGCCGUGGAGUGAGGACAUGCUUUCUGUGAUCCACACCCUGCUGGAGUCUAAGCUGGAGCUUAGUGAGGAGACAUUCUCCCUCUUCAUCACCCAGCUGAGCCAACAAGCACCUCAUUUCAGCAGUUCCAUGAGGUUCUCCAAGAUGAUGCUGACUGUACUCACCAAGUACCAAAGCCAUGUGAAUGCAGCACACACACACGCCCUGUCCUCCUGCCUGGCACAGAACCACACUUUCUUAAAGAAGUCCCUACAGGCCGCCCUGAAGAGGAUCAGUGCUUCCUGAAGGCCCAGACACUUGCUGAGCUGCAGUGCAUUCUGGA